GCAUGCUGUUGCUGUAGGUGCAAUGCCUUCGUUUCACAAUGAGCUGACCAGUAUCGGGCUGAUACUCAUGUUCGUCGCGGUCCUGCCGUUGCUGUUCUUGUCCGGCCAGACGGAUUGGGCUGAGCUGUCUAUCUGGACCGCCAUGAUGUACAUGCUGCUGUGUGUGUUCUUAGUGGGAGCCCUGCUGCUUUUCCUUGGAUUUUACCUGACAGUUAAAUCGAACCACAGCAACACUUCCAGCCCUUCUCUCUUCUUCCUGCAAAGCCGCUUGCAGGAGCCCCAGAGGACUAUCAUACAGAGACGGCUAGAAGACAUGAGGAGGACUGGAAUCCAGAGAGAGUCGGUCUCUCGCCCCUGUGUGUCUCCUAGAUACACCGCACACACCCUGGCUAUGCACCAGGACCUACCCCCAUCCUAUGAGACAGUGAUGAAGACCAUGACAGGACCCUCUGCCCUCCAGCAGAGCAUUGCAAACACUGCCUGACACAGAGAGAGAGACAGGCAUUGACAAGACAGAGACCCAGGCAUUGACAACACAGAGACCCAGGCAUUGACAAGACAGAGACCCAGGCAUUGACAAGACCAAGAACCAAGCAUUGACAAGACAGAGACCCAGGCAUUGACAAUACAGAGACCCAGGCAUUGACAAGACAGAGACCCAGGCAUUGACAAGACCGAGAACCAAGCAUUGACAAUACAGAGACCCAGGCAUUGACAAGACAGAGACCCAGACAUUGACAAUACAGAGACCCAGGCAUUGACAAGACAGAGACCCAGGCAUUGACAUCACAGAGACCCAGACAUUGACAACACAGAGACCCAGACAUUGACAAUACAGAGACCCAGGCAUUGACAAGACAGAGACCCAGGCAUUGACAAGUCAGAGACCCAGGCAUUGACAACACAGAGACCCAGGCAUGGGAAAUACAGAGAUCCAGGCAUGGACACAGAAUGUCCUGGUUAUCCUGCAGGUUCACAGUUCAAGUCCAGUACUGUGUGAAUGAACAGGAAGGGGCCGGAGUUGAGUAGUGACUGUAGACACGUCUGCCUUGUAGCAUGUUGGGUUCUAUCACUGCCAGAUACAUACAGCAGCUCCUGACAUUGCCGUCCAUUGGGGACCUCCGCCUCAGACUUGCACUUUUAACACAAUCUAUCAGCCAGGAGACCCAGUACUAAUCCUCGGUCAUACUGCCCGUAUCAUGUGCCUUCCCAGCAGUGCCUUGCAACAGCGAAGAGAAUCUUGUGAAACCGCUUUAAAAAAAGAUUGUGCUAACAAAAGAAGGGCCCACAUGGUUAGAGUUAGGGAGAGUUACUGACCAGCACCUAAACUGUAAAGUUUCUAAUGAUUCCGAUGUGACCUGUUUGUACCUCUCCCUCGCGGCUCUAGACAGGCUGUCAGCUCUGUUGCUGCAGUGACAGUGUGUUCCGUGGCAGACCUCAAUGCUUUGUAUACAGAAGACAGAUCACAAAAACAUCUGCCUGAAAGUAACCAUGUAUGGAAGUGCUCCCGGCAGCCCAGAGUCAUCUAUUCCACCCUGGAUUGUUUUCCUGCAGAGGAGAGCUGUUGUUUAAUGUUCUCACUUACUCUCCUGCUGUUGCUGCCUUUUGAUAUUACACAGCCCUGCCAAACCCUCCUCAACAAGCCAUUCCCAUGGUAAAGAACUCUGCAGGUGUUUCUUGUAAAUUGUUAUUUGUAGAACAGAAACUGGUGCAUGUCCGGGGGAUGUGUGCUGUACACAGUGGAAUCCUUGGCUCAUGUACUGUAUGUUAUGCAUGUUACAGUUGCAGCAAUGACUGCACCUGACUGGUGUGUGGCGAAGCUAGCCUUGGAUAUUCGUCACGGAUGUUCACGGAGUACUGUAGUUAUUCAUUGAAUGAGGAUGGCUGAGUAAUCCGCCCAUUGUCAUGAGAGGGUAACCACAGCACUCUAUGGAAGUUCAUGGAGUAUUCUGUUACAGUGUAUGGAAAACAAUCACUGGUGUAAUAAAUCUGAAGCUACCACUAAAAUAUCGAUCAUCUUAAACUAGAAUUACUUUACUAAUUCACACUUUAUUUGUGUACUGAACUUUUAGUAACGCGUAUAAUAGGUAAUGCAUUCAUCUAAUUUGUACAAGUGUUUCCACAAAGUAUUUUGCUCUAUCUUGUCAGAAUGCUUUACUUUAGGUGUCUGUGUAGAGGCUUCGUUUGUCUUUGUGUCCACAGUCGUAGUUGAUGCACUGUUGCUGUCCUCUUCGUCAGCAUUUUAGCCGUCUUAUUUUUUUUAUUUAUUUAACCCAUUAAGUGCCAUUGUCCUCAUUUGAGCAUUUUUAACUGGCAUCUAACUGUCUUUAACUAUAUUGUUAUGAUAACUUACUCUAAUUGUGUUAACUGCAAAAGUUAAGUCUACAUGUAAAUGUUCAUUCUGCAAAUACAGCUCAUCAGAUGCUUUUAUAACACCUCAAUAUAAAACAAGAAACUGAAGCCUAAAACUGACACAUUUCUUUGUGUUUCCCUCCGCACAGUGAUGAUAAAGCUCACUUUUCUAUGUGUCAAGUUUCAUAGCUGUCAUGAAAUGUCACUGCUCUGAUUACGGGCACAUCUAACUUUUCUCAAAGUAGGAUGCAGCAGUUUGUAGCCAAAACGAAUAUAUCGUGGAACAUCUGAGAAGUAUACGAAUUAACACCUCUACCUUUCCUGUCGCCAGACAUUUUAACAGAAAUGACCACACUAUAGAAGACAUCACAAUUUGUGGGAUGGUUCAAUGCUAUGGAGCUAAUGCUGUCAGGAAACAAAAGGAAUGUGAACUUAUUUUCAAACUAUGCACUUUGGAGCCAUUUGGAAUGAACAUUCUAUUCUGAGGUCAUCAUCAUCAUCAUCAUCAUCAUCAUCAACAUUCUGGAAUUUUGUUUAAAAGACUACUUGUUUGUUUUUUAUCAACUUCUUAAAGCACUGUUUUUUUGUAUUCAGCCGAUGAAGGACUUUUUUCUUUUUUCUUAUUGAUCAUUUUGGUACACAGCAGUUUUCCUUUUUCUCAAACUUAUAUAUAUAUAUAUUUACAUAUAUUGGUUGUUUUUUUAAGAACUGUAAAAUAAAAUGACUUUGUUUUGUUAAAAUUCCCACCUAUCAAAUGAUUAUGAUUGUAGUUGGUCUCUUGUGUUAAUUGUACCUUUUGUCUCACAAGCAAGAAUUGAACAGUUUAAAUAUAUAAAUGCUUUCCUAUUACAUACAUUUAAAAACACAAGUUUUUUUUACACCCCAAAUUGCGAAACACCAAAAAACUAGCAUUCUAAACAACAGCAGUGUGGUCGCUCCUGUUCAUCAGAUUAGUCGCUCGCCACUGGUAUCGUUCAAGCCUGAAGAUUCUGUUAAAGCACAGCUAGGCAAAGGUGAGCGUGCAGCUACCAACACCAACAAUAAGACACGAAACAGAAAGCAGAGGAGAACAGGGAGCAUAAACACAGGAGCUACUGUAAAUCAAGGACAGUGCAUUAGAUCUAUAAACAAAAACACUAUCCCUAUUCCUUAAUUAUGAGGUCUGGUACCUUUUUGUUGACAAUCUCUGAUUUUAGGUACAUGAAUACAUUUUUAGUA